UGUGUCAGUGUGAGUGUGUGUGUGUCAGUGUGAGUGUGUGAGCGCCUCAGGCAGAAGCAGCGCCGCGCCGCCGGGCCAUGAGUGUGUCCCGCGGGGAGCGGACGUCCGACAGCGCCAUGGAGAGCCUGGAGAAGCAGCUGAUCUGCCCCAUCUGCCUGGAGAUGUUCAGCAAGCCGGUGGUGAUCCUGCCCUGCCAGCACAACCUGUGCAGGAAGUGUGCCAACGACGUGUUCCAGGCGUCCAACCCGUACCUGACGAGCCGGAGCGGCGGCACCGUGACGUCGGGCGGCCGCUUCCGCUGCCCGUCCUGCCGCCACGAGGUCGUCCUGGACCGCCACGGCGUCUACGGCCUGCAGAGGAACCUGCUGGUGGAGAACAUCAUCGACAUGUACAAGCAGGGCAGCAGCAGCAGCAAGCCGGCCCCGGAGCCGCCGUGCGAUCAGCCGACGUGCGAGGAGCACGAGGACGAGCGGAUCAACAUCUACUGCGUGAGCUGCGGCGUGCCCACCUGCUCGCUCUGCAAGGUGUUCGGCGCCCACAAGGACUGCGAGGUCGCACCGCUCAACAACGUCUUCCAGAAACAGAAGGGCGAGCUGACUGACUGCAUCUCCAUGCUGGUUGGGAAUAACGAGCGGGUUCAGGCGAUCAUCACGCAGCUGGAGGAGACCUGCAGAGCCAUCGAUGAGAACGGGCGCAGGCAGAAGUCGAAGGUGUGUGAGACGUUCGACCACCUGUACGCCGUCCUGGAGGAGAAGAAGGGCGAGAUGACGCUGCGGAUCAACGCCGAGCAGGACGAGAAGCUGCACUAUAUCCGCAGCCUGAGGAGGAAGUACAGCGACCACCUGGAGAGCAUGGCCAAGGUGCUGGAGAGCGGCAUCCAGACCAUGGACGAGUCCGAGAUGGCCGUCUUCCUGCAGGCCGCCAAGCCACUGAUCCAAAAGAUCAUGCAGGGCACCAACACGUCCCACCUGGACAAGGUGGAGCGCGGCUACGACAACAUGGACCACUUCACCGCCAACUUCGAGCGCCAGAGGAGGGCGCUGCUCAAAGUCGACUUCGUCAAACUUGAUGAAGAUGAUGAUGAUGAGGAAGAUGACGUAGAGGAGGGGAGGGGGUCGACAGCGGCGAGCCGUGUUGAGCCCCCCCACACAGCGGGGGGCGCCGCCGUCCCACAGACACAGCCUCCACCUCAGGGUGCGGCCCCGCCCCAGCACCCGGCGCCUCUGCCGCCGCCGCCGCAGAGACCCACCGAGGCUCCGCCCCCUCCUGCUGCUCAGACGCCGGGCCCCAAGCCCCCCGCCUCGACCCCGACCCCGACCCCGACGCCACAGCCGGCGCUCCCCGCCGCCGGCCCUGCUCAGCCGCCCGCCGAGCAGCGCCCCGACCCCGAGGACAAGGACGCCCCGCGGCACGUCUUCUCCUUCUCCUGGCUCAACCAGAAGUGACCGGGACAGCCGGGACGUCCUCCUCUGGCUCUGUGAGCGCCGGAGCACAGCCGAGUGUGUGUGUGCGUGUGUGUGUGCGUGCGUGCGUGCGUGCGUGUGUGGGGCUGUUCAAGCUGCUCAUUGUGAUGAAACUUUGGAGGCGGAGUUUCAUCCUGCUGAGAAAACGAUCCAUGAGGAGAGUUGGCGCUCUGAGUCCCUGCUGCCACGAGUCCAAACACUGAGGCCUGACCGACUCAUUACUGCACAGGCAGGAGGCCGGAGAACCCACCCCGCCUCAACCGGAGAACCCACCCCGCCUCACCCGGAGAACCCACCCCGCCUCACCCGGAGAACCCACCCCGCCUCACCCGGAGAACCCACCCCGCCUCGACCGGAGAACCCACCCCGCCUCACCCGGAGAACCCACCCCGCCUCGGCCGGGUCUCCGCUGUAACUGCCAGUGUUCAUAAACCCUGUCGGAGUCGUGGAGCCUCUCAGAGCCGAGAGGAGCAAAUCUGAGACUGAACAAUAAAAAAAAAGAAAAUCAACAAAAAAAAAAACUUUAAUAGAAAAUGUGUAA